UGACACUACUUGUGUUAUUAUGUAUAUUUUUUGUCAUACUGUAUAAGGAGACCUCCUUCGGUUUUAGCUAAGAUCUUUUGAACACUAUUCAAAGCAAUUUGAGCAAACAAAUUAAAUGGGCUCAAAAUKUUUGCACAGGCUCAGGGAUCAAACAUUGGUGAGAAACGGGCUCAGGGAUCAAUAUUUUCAGCAAAAAAUAGGGCUCACUAGAUCCUAAAUAUACCAUGUUACGAGUCUGUAUUGGAUUUGAUUACAUCGAUUACCGCCGAGUUAUCUUAUUUAUGGGACAUUAAAACUGUGAUUGAAAAUUUUCCCGCUCAUUGAUGGAUUAAAAGUAGUGUUCCUUUCACCGAAAAAUACUCCCCGGCCGACCCCGACGUCGAUGAAAAUAUUGAAACAUGAAGACGCUUUUCGCCAUUUUUGGUCGUUUGACGAUGUCCACGAGGCUUGUGGGAUGACACUUCCGUUAUUUCUUUUCGCCGCCGCAGUUUUAGCGAUUAGUCCGUACAAUCUGCGUCAUUACUAAUUCCUUUGAAAACUAAAAGUCAAAUUACGUAUGAUUUUAUGAAAUGGCUUGAACGGAAUUUUUGUUGAGGUUUAUUUCUGUCUGAUGUAUAUUACACUGUUGAUAAGCAUCAUCAAAGGAGCAUCCUUGCAAAAAUAUAUGAUUCAUUUGCUUUCCUUUCGAUAAACUCCUCUACCCAUGCUCACGUAGUAGACUGGCCAGACGUAUAUCAACAGAAGUACUGUACUAGGCGAUUACUACAAAUGUCACUGAGAUGAUGUAACGUAACUUAUUGAAAUACGAGUCAUCAGAAAUGGAUAUCCGGGGUCGUCGAAGUGCACCUGAUCCCAAUUUAGUUGACCGGUUUUUUGAAAUGUUCGGUAUGAGCACGUAACGAAACGGUGAAUCCCCCACAGACCGUGGAUGCGUAGCCAUUUACAUAUACUUCGCAAUCGUUGCGGAAAUUCCCUCGUAAUUUAAAGGUGUGUUGCCUUUGUUCAGCUCAUCGACAACAUCCUGCGGUAAAUGUCUAAGGCAUUGCCGUGGGCUGGCAAGGCUAUAAAAACCAUUGGGUCGUSUACAGGCUUCUCACUUACAUAAAAUACACAAGUCAACAAAUACUAGUGUUAUGUACAUCAACAGGACAAACAUGUGCGGACGAACGUGGAUUUAUUCAAUUAUUACAUUUCUGUACUUCGUUCUAAGUUCCUCAGGUGCGCCCAUCAAGGAUCAAGACAUCAGAUUUUUAUUAGGUAACCAUCGAGUUGAAGGCGUUCCUUUAACAUGGAGAGUUUGGAUAUAUUCACAAAACAGUCGUUUGCAUCUACGAGUAGCUGGAUCUCAAAUUGACUUCAAUGGAAGGAAAACCGAUUCUAGUACUGUUAUGGUUCUUGAGUCUGUCAAUAUCAAGGGACAUAUAAGCAUCAAAUCUGAGCAAGAGAAUUCUUACAUUUGCGUCAAUGCCAAGAAUGGAAAUCUUGUUCUUGAGUCAAAAGGCAGCCAGCUGAAACGUUGUUUAUUUGUAGAAGACUUUUAUCUUGGCUAUACAGUCUUUAAAUCCGUCUACAACAACAAAUGGUUCAUUGGAUCCAAAAGAUCUGGACAUAGAAAACAGCCUUCAACAACGGGAGCUACUCAAAAAGCAGUACGCUUUCUAGUAGAACAAUUACCCCAGUCUUGACGUUCGUAACUAGGCUAUCAAAUUUAUUAAGUUUUUUAUCGAUAGCKUCCAAACAAAACAUCAUUCCCAUAAGACAUUGUGGGUGACUCACGACGGCGUCUUUCGCUUGCAAAAUGAAUUACGCUAUUUAUUGGCUUGUUAUUUAUUUUUCAACAACAGAUUAUUUAUUUUAUCCAGUACUUCACAUAGAUAUAAAAUGACGACUUCGCGUUUUAUCAGCCAUGUCUUUAAUGCGAUGAACGAAAGGAAUAGAAGUGCCAUGAAGGAGACGAAUUGUUUUCGUUAUCCCAACUACUAAGAAUGUACACUUUGGUUCUUCAAACCCAUUUUUACGGGUCUUUUUUCACGGAUUUUGAUGAGUUAAACAGUCUGAAAAAUUAUAGUAGUUCUCCAAAUAAGAGUCUGUUAAGGAAACAAUUGUGUCUUGGCUGUGUACUAUCCUUCCGGUACCGUUUUGGUUCUAAGAAUAGAUAGUCAUUGAUAAUAUAUCAACCGUGACUUAUCUAGACAUGUAACCAGCCCUUACCCUGGUCACACCUUUGCCACAAUCGCGUUGUAGACACUUUUUGAUUGACAGCCAGAAAAAUUGAUUCAGAAUUUAACAAAGAGUAUUGUGCUGAUGGGAGACAUCCUGAGAAAAUUACAAACCUUUUGUGGCAAASUUUCUUUGUCAAUGCGACCACAGGGAUAAAAUAUACUCCGCCUUAUUUAYGGCAAGCCAAAUGGAGGCGGACAUGGGUUCCGCAUGGAAUGUGGUCGGGAUACUAGGCUGUUUUACAUAUUUGGUAGUGGUCGGCAUAAGGCUGUUUUACAUAUUUGGUUGUCUUCUGUUUCAAUCAGUACUUGCGGAAUUGAUUAUUGACGUUCUUCGCAUAAGAAAAAUAUUUAUUAACACACGAAAAUGACGCAGGAAAAGCUUUUCCUGAGUGACUUGUAAUGAUGUAUUUAAUCUAUUUAUAUAACAACUAUUUAUAUUAUGUAUAUAGUGAAUAUAGAUAUUGCAUAACCUUACAAUUGUAUACAGUAUAUCAUGAAAGGUUGAAUAACGAUCAAAUUGUAUAAGUUACUUACAGUUAUUUGAAAAGAAUUCAGAUCGUUUUUUUCUCGCUGCAUAAGAUGGUAAACAUUUUGUGCAGUGAAAUAUGAAUUCAAAUAUCAUUGAUACUGAUAUUUAUAUAUGUUGUCGGUUUAAUUUGUUUCAAAUUACUGUGAAUAAUGAACCAAAUAAAAAUUGAUAUAGAAAGCUUUUGAUAGUGUACGUUUUUUGUAGCCUUGUUUCAUAGGUUUGCAUCACCCUUAACCGUCCAACCGCUCAGAUAAUUAUUCCCGCGUCGCUGACGGCAUUAAAACUAAUAGAUCCAUUUGUGUUUAUUUUGCUUUUAUUUUGUAAGAUGAUAUAUUUGUAAGAAUCAGAUAUUAAAAAAGAAAAAGUGAGAGAAGAAAAAAGAAAAUGUGAGAAAAAAAUGUGGAGUUGCGGGGUUUCGAACCCCGGACCUUCCGCAUGCAAAGCGGACGCUCUACCACUGAGCUACAACCCCAAGUAAUUAAUWAGUGGUUCGAUUAU